GAAAACGUUUGUGACUCAGGACACGCCCCCAGUGACGUCAGCUGAUCGUAGGAACGUUCGUGCUGUGAUUGCUGUUUUCUGUCGGACCGUUUUAAACGGGACACCAACAACACAACUUGGAAGCAGCUCCGUUUGUAGCUCCGCGAGGAAGAUGAGCACCAAACAGGUGACCUGCAGGUACUUCCUCCACGGUGUGUGCAGAGAGGGGAGCCGCUGUCUGUUCUCUCACGACCCAACCAACAGUAAACCCUCCACCAUCUGCAAGUUCUACCAGAGAGGAGUGUGUGCCUACGGAGAACGCUGCAGGUAUGAUCACAUCAAAUCUUCAUCCAGAGGAGGAGGGGGAGGAGCUUCAGAGGAUCACGUAGGUGUAGGAGGAGCUGGGAGCAGGGUCAGAGGUGGAGUAAGGAAGACGGUGGUCCUCAGAGAAAGAGUCCUGGGCGUGGACAGUAUGUUUGGGUGUCCAGCAGACACUUUGGGGUCAGAGGGCAUGGGGGCGUCAGCGGCGGCAGCAGCUCCUCAGUCGUACGUGGACGCCAUCAGGACUGGUCUGAACGCUUCAGCAAAGGAACAAGCCCCUCCUCCUGUGGGCGGAGCUUACCAGGACCUCCCCCAGCUGUGUCCCUAUGCUGCUGCAGGACACUGUUACUAUGAAGACAACUGUACGUAUCUCCAUGGCGACCUGUGUGAGGUGUGUGGGCUGCAGGUGCUCCACCCCCACAACCCUGAGCAGAGGAGAGCGCAUGAAAAGAUGUGUCUUCUGGCCUUCGAGGCAGACAUGGAGAAGGCGUUUGCGGCCCAGCUGAGUCAGGACAAGGUGUGUUCCAUCUGUAUGGAGGUCGUGGUGCAGAAGGUUAACCCGUCAGACCGCAGGUUCGGCAUCCUGUCGUCCUGCUGUCAUACCUUCUGUCUGUCUUGCAUCCGUCAGUGGCGCUGCACCAGAAACUUCAGCAACAAGAUCAUCAAGUCGUGUCCAGAGUGUCGAGUCAUCUCAGAGUUUGUCAUCCCUUCGGUCUGCUGGGUGGAGGACCAGGACAACAAGGACCAGCUGAUAGAGCUCUUCAAGUCUGGAGUCAGUAAGAAGUCCUGUAAGUACUUCGAUCAGGGUCGAGGUUCAUGUCCGUUCGGAGGGAAGUGUUUGUAUCUUCACGCCUUCCCAGACGGAACCCGGGCAGAACCCGAUCGGCCGAGGAAGCAGCUGAGCUCCGAGGGGAACGUCCGGUUCAUGAACGACGUCCGUCUGUGGGACUUCAUCGAGGAGCGCGAGCAGCGGCCGGCCCCGCCCAUGCCGUCCCUUGAUGAUGACAUCACAGAGCUGAGGGAGCUCUUCAUGCAGAUGUCAGGGCCGAGCGAUGAUGGGCCAGAGACCCCGCCCACUGCAGACCAGUAGACCAGACGGGACCGUGCCCUCUGGUUUCUUUGGCACCUGCGGCUCAGGGGGAGGUCCGACUGUCCGGGUGGCCAUGUUUGAGAUGGCGAUUCCUGACUGCUGAUCGAUGAUCGAUUAUUGAUCUGUUAUUGACAUUUUAUUUAUUGUGUAAACAAAUAAACACAGAGUCAGUGUGAGGUCA